CCACGCCCCUAUCCUCAGCACGUGACCCAGCCUGUCGAACAACAACAAGGAGCAACCAAUGAGAGACCAAGGCCUGGCCACGUGCCAGAGAGUAUGGUGGGCGUGGUCUUAUUGGUGUCCUGCGGCAGCCAAUAAAAGUAGUAAGAUGAGUUCUGGAGGCGGAGGAAGGCGGGUCUGGUGGGGAAGGCGGCAGUGUGGGCGGGGUCCCGGUGCGCGCUCUCCGUUGGUCGGUUCUCUCUCCUGCUCCUCCCUCCUUCUCCUCGGGAAGAUGGCGACGUUGAGCACCGGAGCCCUUGACAGAGCGGCCGGGAGCACCGGGGUUCAACUCCGCCUUCACCAACCAGCAACUUCUACCGCCCGUAUUGAUGAAAAGUCGCCGCAGAACCUAGGAGCCCGCGGGGAGAGAGCUGAGGUCUCUCUGUUCUUCAGCAACGCCAGAACAUCAUUUCACAUUGGCAAGAUGCUGGACGUACAGCCCGGGCAGUAUCAGGACAGUUUCUAUGGAGCCCUGCAGCACCCAAGAGCGGCAAUGUCAAGCUGUCAGCCUGUGCAAAGCCGAACCCAUCCAGUGCUGUCCACUGUUAUUCCCGUCCCCAAACACAGGCUCGACGAGGCAAUAGCAGCGGCCGCUCUGACCAGCUUGUCCUCGGGACCUUUGGUAUUGGGAGCAGGAAAAGGAUGUCUCAGUGAAUCGUGCCCUGAGAAUUCCAUCAUUUCAUCAAGCUCAAGCGGGUCUAACAGCUGUGAGCUCUACACGUCCAUCCCCUCCACGCCGUCUCCUCCCCUGCAGUCUGCCCCCUGCUUGGCAUAUGCCGACGCUGGCCUAGAGGACUCUGACACCACUCACUUCCUGUUUGGUGAACCUGUUCCCCGGAAGAGGAAGAACUCGGGGCGACUAAUGUUCCGCUGCCUGUGGAAGAACUGCGGGAAAGUCCUCAGCACGUCUGCCGCAAUACAGAAGCAUAUCCGUACAGCACAUUUGGGACCCUGUGCAGGACCAGAGCACAAUGACGGUGAAGAAGAUUUCUACUACACAGAAAUGGAUGUGAAUGUGGACACACUGACAGAUGGGCUGUCCAGCCUGACUCCCACCUCUCCUACCACCACUGGACCCCCUCCGUUCAUUUGUGCGGGAUCCCUUGGAGCAGCCAAUAGCACAGAGCUGCCUCUGGUAUCCCCUCUCAGCUUGUCGGCUCCCAGCACUCUCUGCCACGUGCACACCGACCACGCUUAUCAAGCUCCUUCUCCCAUCAGCGUGUCCAUCGCAUCUAAGGUCGGCUUCUGGCAGUCUCCUCCGCCCCUGCUUAUCAAAGCUCCCCCAGUUCGCCCCACACUGAAUAUAAGUGAGAAAAGGCCGCAGAUCCUGACCGCUCCUCCAAAUUCAAAGCAAGCGCCCGGGACUCGGAAGCCCCGCGGGGAAGCCAAGAAAUGCCGAAAGGUAUACGGGAUGGAACGUAAAGACAUGUGGUGCACAGCCUGCCGCUGGAAGAAGGCCUGUCAGAGGUUCAUAGACUGAGUGCUGCAGCCGUUCAACCUCAAAUGCCCCUAGGGGGCGCAACUGAGCUUUUAUUUCAUUUUUAUUCCCCCCCUAAAACUCAAGUUUUAUUCCCAGCCUUUUGUGAACGAGCCCGAUGAUUCAGGACUAUUGUUAUACAUCCAAUAUUUUUAUACAUGGAUUGCAUUUCUUUUGUAUGGUCUGGAGCUGCCCCCUUGUGGGCUGGACCCUACCUAGAUGGCCAUGAGGAGAUUCUUCUCAGGUAACGCUCUGCCAAUUUCGGAGAUUCCUUUUCGUGGACUGCGAGGGAGAGAAGACCAGAUUUAUUUUUGAUAUUGUGAGAUAAAAGGAGCCGGGUUAUUUGGGUGCUGGAGAGGGGUUGAUGUGUUUUUUUGUUUUUUCUUUGUUUUCCCCCACUUCCUUAGGGUGGUCUUACGUAAAUUCUUGCUGCACUAUGCUUUGCACUUUUGAAGGCACUGUGGACAUGGGGGAAUAGCAGAUUUAUGGCUCUUAAACUUAGAGGUAGGGGAGAAAUACUGGAUUUGAAGGGGGAACUCAGCUAGACCCCAAAAACUUUUAUGAUCACCUUUCACUGACAAAAUGGAAUAUCUGAAAAAUCGCUUCUUAAUUAUUUGGUUCUGCCCACAAAAUGGUUGCCCCCACUAUACUUUUGCUUCUUCUUAAGAAGAAGCGUUAGACAUUUCCAUUUAUGAGUUAUAAUCUCUUUUGCAGCCAGUUGUUAAUAGGAUUGUAUGUAAUGCAAUCAUCCUGCACACUGGAUUAAAGGGGUGACCCAACUCGGAAAGAUGGGUCUGCUUUUAUUUCAGAUGCAGUCCCUCUAUUGCGUACAGCUUGUGGGUGGUAUUGCCGCUGAUCCCCCAUUCACUUAAAAGAAGAGGAGCAGUGGCUGCAGUACCAGGCACAACCAGUGGGUGAGAGUGGCACUUUUCUGUAAUAAAAGCGGCCCUUUUUAUCAGUCCUGGACAGCAAAGAUGACAGCUGUCUCUUCUCCAGGGACUGCAAGCUAAAGUCCUCCUCUGCGUCCACUCCCAGCAGUGUUCAUACGUGUCCAUUCCACGUAUGCACUGAGCUGUUCUCUGCUGUGAGAAGUUUCUUAUUUAGUUUUAUUGAAUUGAACAUGUUUUUAAUGUCUCCCUAUAAUACAUGUAUAAUGUAUAGGUGGCUGGAAUAUUUCUCCCCUACCUUUAGAGGAAUGCCCAGUGCAGUAUAAGGGUCCAUUCACACGUCCGCAAAAAUGGGGCAGCCGCAUCCGCACUUCCGUUCCGCAGCCCCGCAAAAAAAUAGAACACGUCCUAUUGUUGCCCGCAGCGACAAGAAUAGGCAUUUCUAUCAUAGUGCAGUCCGCUAAAAAUGCGGAACACGCAUGGCCGGUGUCUGUGUUUUGCGGAUUCGUAAUUUUCAGACCGCAAAACAGUUGCGGACAUGUGAAUGGGCCCGAAUAGUGUCAUACAUUUCACUGCCCCCUGCUGUACCAUCUUAGGAAUUGCAAGGGGUAUGGAGUAUUGUGCCAGGGCCGAAAUUCCCCUGAUCCUAGGAAUACGAAGCACAAGGGACGAGGAUCAUUUUAAAUGUCAGCACAUUUGUAACAUGCACAUCUUGAUACUGAGGUCUAUAGGGAAAUCUGUGUGAGGCAGCUGUCCAUAGGUCCAAAAUUCUGUGCUGAUCAACUUUUGAAAUUGAGCCACCAUUAGGGGUGAAGUUGCUGAAGAAGAAAUUUUUAUUGACUGUAUUGAGCGAGCUUCCCCAUCCCGAGUGGGGACUAUAGGCUGGCAGAAUUGUAUUUAACUCCAUGGCUGUGUUAAAGGGGUUGUGCAGCCUGUUUGUACUGAUGACCUAUCCUCAGGAUAGGUUAUCAAUAUCUGAUCGGUAGAGGGGGUCCAACAGCCAGCACCCGUGCCGAUCAGCUGUUUUAAGAGGAGGCACUCCAUGCGAGCGUUGCUUCCUCUUCAUUACACUACACGUCGUCUCCCCUGUAACGGUGGUGUAUUGGUACUUGCAGUUAAACUGCACUUCCGAGACAAC